AUGCAGUCCCGGGAAGAGGCUCCGCGUCCUCACCGCCUCGCCAGCGCCCGCGGCGGGCGGCGGCCCGCGACGGUUUCCAAAGCCUCGGUUUCAGCCUUUUUCACGGGGCCAGAGGAGUUACAGGACUCGGCCCAUUCUGCAGCCCUGCUGGCACAGCUCAAGUCGUUCUAUGACGCGCGGCUGCUGUGCGAUGUGACCAUCGAGGUGGUGUCGCCCGGCUGCGGGCCUGGCAGCGGGCGCCUGUUCUCCUGCAACCGCAACGUGCUGGCCGCCGCGUGCCCCUACUUCCGGAGCAUGUUCACGGGCGGCAUGCACGAGAGCCAGCAGGCCAGUGUGACCCUGCACGGUGUGGACGCCGCGUCCUUCGAGGUCCUGGUGGAGUACUGCUACACGGGCCGUGUGUCCCUGAGCGAGGCCAACGUGCAGCGCCUGUACGCCGCCUCCGACAUGCUGCAGCUCGAGUACGUGCGGGAAGCCUGCGCCUCCUUCCUAGCCCGCCGCCUGGAUCUGGCCAACUGCACGGCCAUCCUCAAGUUUGCCGACGCCUUUGGCCACCCCAAGCUGAGAUCUCAGGCCCAGGCCUAUAUAGCUCACAACUUCAAGCAGCUCAGCGGGAUGAGUUCGGUGCGGGAGGAGUCUCUGGCCGACCUGACGCUGGCCCAGCUGCUGGCCAUUCUGCGCCUGGACAGUCUGGACGUAGCGAGUGAGCUGACGGUGUGCCACGUGGCCCUGCAGUGGCUGGAAGCCGCCCCGGAAGAGCGGGGUCCCAGCGCUGCCGAAGUCCUCAGGUGUAUCCGCUGGUCGCUCUUCACCGAAGGCGAUUGGAGCUACCUGGAAGGGCUGCUGACCAAGCCCAUCGUGAGGAAGUACUGCCUGGACGUCAUUGAAGGGGCCCGGCGGAUGCGCUCUGGUGACAUGUUGUGCAAGGCACUGGGGCCCGUGCCAGACAGCGGCACCAGCAGCAGGAGCAGCAGCAGCUCGCUUGUAUCUGCAGGAGAAAAUCCACCCCAGAGGCUGGGUAUGUGUGCCAAGGAGAUGGUGAUCUUCUUUGGACAUCCCCGAAAUCCCUUUCUCUGCUACGAUCCAUACUCGGGGGACACUUUCACAAUGCCUUCGCCGUUAACCACCUUGGCUCGCACUAAGACCAUAACUUCCUCUGCUGUCUGCGUCUCUCCAGACCAUGACAUCUAUCUAGCUGCCCAGCCCAGGAAAGACCUCUGGGUGUACAAACCAGCCCAAAAUAGCUGGCAGCAACUCGCAGACUGCUUGCUGUGUCGCGAGGGCAUGGAUGUGGCCUAUCUCAAUGGCUACCUUUACAUUUUGGGUGGCCGAGACCCUGUGACCGGAGUGAAGUUGAAGGAAGUGGAAUGCUACAGCGUUCAGAGGAACCAGUGGGCGCUGGUGGCUCCUGUGCCCCAUUCCUUCUAUUCCUUUGAACUCCUAGUGGUUCAGAACUAUCUCUAUGCUGUCAACAGUAAGCGCAUGCUCUGCUAUGACCCUAGCCACAAUCUGUGGCUGAGCUGUGCUUCUCUUAAUUGCAGCAACUUUCAGGAAGCGUGUGUCUUCAACGAUGAGAUCUAUUGUAUCUGUGACAUACCAGUCAUGAAGGUCUACAACCCAGCCAGGGGAGAGUGGAGGCGGAUUCAGAAUAUUCCCUUGGACUCAGAGGUCCACAACUACCAGAUUGUCAAUCACGACCAAAAGUUGCUGCUGGUUACAUCCACCAGCCCUCAGUGGAUAAAGAACCGGGUGACUGUGUAUGAAUAUGACGCAAGGGGAGACCAGUGGGUUACCGUAGGCGCCAUGUUAGGUCUUCUGCAGUUUGAGUCUGGCUUUAUUUGCCUCUGUGCUCGUGUUUACCCCUCUUGCCUCGUACCUGGUCAGAGCUUCAUCACUGAGGAAGACGAUGCUCAAAGUGAGUCUAGUACGGAAUGGGACUUAGAUGUGCUGAGUGAGCCAGACUCGGAGUCAGGAAGUUCAAGUUCUUUUUCUGAUGCUGAAGUGUGGGUGCAGGUGGCACCUCAGUGGAGUGCCCAGGACCAGCAGUGCUGA